GGAUUAUAUGCAUAGUGAUUCGCUGGGGAUAUCACCGCUGUUGGUUGGGAGGCUUGCCAGUCUGGUUGAACGCCUGGCGGCUUCAAUCUUCUUCUCCUUGCAGGUUCGCUCCGUCUCUUUCUCCGCCGGGUUCUCCAAGUGCUGGCAGGACUGCAGGUUGAGUACAAAAACGCAGAGCUGCUGCCAUUUUUCAGGUAUAUUUAAAUUGAACCCUGCAACGCAUGGAGGUACUGAUUCAGGCAUCAACCAGAGACCAAGACGGUGCUAGGAGAAAAGCUUCGCGAUGGCUGGUCCACACACGCCGCCCAUUCAUCCUGCAGUCCCGCCACAAGCACAAAUAGAUUCAGACCGCGAGAAGCAGGAGACACAAGUACAGCCUGUACUGGAGAAUCAGAAUAGACAAGCGGACCAAGAUGACAGCGAGCACCAGGCUCCACACACCAUUUUCAACACAUGGGAAAAGCGGUUCAUCGUCUUUGUGGCUUCGGCGGCCGGCUUCUUCUCGCCCAUCAGCGCGAACAUCUACUUUCCGGCCCUGAACACGCUCGCGGGUGAGUACGGCGUGUCGACUACGCUCAUCAACCUGACCAUCACCGUGUACAUGAUCUUCCAGGGCUUGGCGCCCUCCUUUACAGGCUCGCUCUCCGAUAACAUCGGCCGGCGUCCCGUCUACUUCCUCUGCUUCGCCGUCUACAUCGCUGCCAACAUCGGCCUGGCCCUUCAGCACUCCUUUGCGGCUCUCGUCGUCCUGCGCUGCGUCCAGAGCUCCGGCAGCAGCGGCACCGUUGCCCUCGCAAACGCCGUCGUCUCCGAUAUAGCAACGGCCGCCGAGCGUGGCGUGUACAUCGGGUAUGCCUCGCUCGGCGGUGUUCUUGGCAUGGCCCUGGGGCCUAUUCUUGGCGGCGUCCUGAUCAACUUCCUUGGCUGGCGUGCUAUCUUCUGGUUCCUGGUCAUCUGUGCUGGCGUAGCAUUGCUGAUCCUCGGGCUUUUCCUCCCCGAAACCGGCCGGUCCAUUGUCCAUAACGGCUCGGUGCGGCCGCCGCGGUGGAAUCUGAGCCUAUGGGAUCUCCUCCCAACAGCCAAGCGUCGAAGAGCGACCUUCAAGCGUCCGGGACCCGUUGAUGGUCCCAAAAGGGGCUUCAUCAACCCCAUCUCUACGCUUCGGAUCUGUAAGGACAAGGAAGCCUUUAUUGUGCUCCUUGCCAACGGCAUAGCGUUUGCGGGUUACUACGCCAUCGCCGGCGCCAUCCCCUCGCAGUUUGCCGAAAUCUACCACUUCAACGACCUCGAAAUCGGCCUAUCCUUCCUCCCCAUUGGCGUCAGCAGCGGCCUGUCCACCCUGACCGUUGGCCGCGCCGUGGACUGGAAUUUCGCGCGCCACUCGCGACUGCUGCGGCUGACGCCCGAGGAGGCAAAGCAGAAGAACCGCGAGCUCGGCGACUUCCCCAUUGAGCGAGUCCGCUGCGAGAUUGCGCUCCCCAUCCUCGUCCUCGCCAGCGCAUCCACCAUCGUAUACGGCUGGGUGCUCGACUACAAGACGAGCGUGGCGGGGCCGCUGGUGAUGCUGUUCUUUGUUGGCUUCUGCGCAAACGGAUUCUUCACGAUCCUGAGCGUGCUCAUGGUGGAUAUCUAUCCGCGGGAACCGGCAACCGCCACGGCGGCCAACAAUCUGGUGCGUUGUUGGCUUGGCGCCGGCGCUUCGUCUCUUAUCAUCCCCAUGAUCAACCGGAUGACGAGCGGCUGGGCUUACACGUUUGUCGCGUUGCUUUACCUGUUGCUUGCGCCGCUGCUUUGGAUCGUCAUGCGUUCGGGGCCGAAGUGGCGAUCCGAGCGCGUGCAAAAGGAGAAGGCGAGAGAUUCCGAUUAGUAGCGAGGUUCAUGCGCAGGCACGGUAGUAGAUAACUGCCAGUUGGUUGUCGAGGAUGAAGGGUCGGUCUGACAACUCACAGGACCUCGUCCAGCUAAGUAUCGGGCAAAUCAGUGAGUGGACAGUACCGCCCACCUUAAGCCACAACAUGGUGCCGCUAUCCGGUUCUAGGCAA